GCGAAAGAUGGCCGCCACCAUUCCGCAGCCACCGCCCGGGAGGUUAUCCUAGGCCCUGACGCUUCCGCCCGUUCCCGCGCCCCGCAGCCGCUGCCUUACCAUGAGGCCCGUAAGCCGCCGCACUCUCGACUGGAUUUAUUCCGUGCUGCUCCUCGCGAUCGUGCUACUCUCCUGGGGAUGUGUCAUCUAUGCAUCAACGGUGGCCGCUCGCCGGCAGCUAAGGAAGGAUUACCCGGACAGAAGCUUCGGAAUGAGUGAAGAUUUGUGAUUACUCUGCAUUUCACCCUACGCAGUUAUUAUUUUUUUAAGACUUCAAACCGAUCAUCUAUUCAGAUGUAAAAGUAGAAAUCUGAAAAACAUCAAUUUCUGGAUUUUUGUAUGCAGCCCUUGGAAGUGACUAAAUUUUCUGACCCAAUACUUAGACUUCUCAUUCAUAUUCUCUUGAAACAAAGCAACGCUGAUUUGACAGCUCUUGAGUUUUGGAGAUUCUAGAUGGGAUGACAGGGUUUACAACCUAGGGUUCUUCCUGAAAUGCCACAGAAAAACUCAAAAAUAGGUGGAAUUCGUUUUUAUUUCUUGUAAAAUUCAUUCUGUUGCUUAUCUUCACAUCAGACUAGUAUAUUUUGCGUGUAAGUUAGAAUC